AUGUACCGCCAGGGUAGCGACGCUGACUCGGAGGUCAAUGAAUACGAAGAUGAGAUCAAUGAGAUGAUGAACGAGGUUGAUCCGCAACUGAACACUGAGCGAAGUCUGGUUACUUCUGAGCAUGCGUGCGCUUACUGUGGUAUCGACUCACCAACCUCUGUGGUCAGGUGUUACACCUGUCGUAAGUGGUUCUGUAACUCUAAGCACGGCUGCUCAAGCUCGCAUAUCGUUAACCAUUUGGUUCUGUCUCACCAUAAUGUCGUUUCUUUGCAUCCGGAUUCUGAUUUAGGUGAUACUGUGCUGGAAUGCUAUAAUUGCGGUUGCAAGAACGUGUUCCUGUUGGGGUUUGUUUCCGCAAAGAGAGAAGCGGUGGUUGUAUUAUUAUGUCGUAUCCCUUGUGCCCAGACGAAGAACGCUAACUGGGACACAGAUCAGUGGCAACCUUUAAUCGAAGAUAGACAGUUGUUGAGUUGGGUCGCCGAAGAACCUCCAAAUGAAGAUAAGUUGAAGGCAAGACUGAUCACCCCGUCACAAAUGUCUAAACUGGAAGCAAAGUGGAAAUCAAAUAAAGAUGCAACCUUGAAUGACAUCGAAAUAUCCGAAGAACAGGAGGAAAUCCCGCCAACAUUGCUGAGAUACCAAGAUGCUUAUGAAUAUCAAAGAACCUAUGGCCCUCUGAUCAAGCUGGAGGCCGACUACGAUCAACAACUGAAGGAGUCACAGGCAUUAGAACACAUUUCAGUCACGUGGUCACUCGCGUUGAAUAAUAGGCGUCUAGCAUCAUUCGCAUUAUCCACAUUCGAAUCGAAUGAGCUAAAGGUGGCUGUUGGUGAUGAAAUGCUUCUUAGAUAUUCAGGGUUGCAACAUCCAGAAUGGGAGGGUAGAGGGUAUAUCGUUAGAUUACCAAGUAGUUUUCAGGAUGAAUUUACCCUUGAAUUAAGGCCAAGCAAAGUACCACCACCGAUUCAUCUAGGUACCGGGUUUACAGCUGAGUUCAUUUGGAAAGGUACGUCUUAUACCAGGAUGCAGGAUGCUUUGAAAAAAUUCGCUGUUGAUAAAAAAUCAGUUUCCGGAUUUUUAUAUUAUAAAAUCUUAGGUCAUGAAAUUGUUGAUAUUGAUUUUAAUGUUCCUUUGCCAAAAGAAUUCUCAAUACCGGCAUUUGCACAGUUGAAUGCAUCACAAUCGUAUGCUGUUGAGAAUGCUCUUCAAAAGCCAUUAUCUUUAAUUCAAGGUCCACCAGGUACAGGUAAAACAGUUACUUCAGCAACAAUCGUCUAUCAUUUAUCCAAACUACAUAAGGAUCGUAUCCUUGUAUGUGCUCCAUCAAAUGUUGCGGUUGAUCAUUUAGCUUUGAAACUAAGAAAUCUUGGACUUAAAGUUGUUAGGGUCACUGCAAAGAGCAGAGAAGACGUGGAAAGCUCGGUUUCUGAUAUUGCACUACACAAUUUGGUUGGAAGGUCAUCACAAGGUGAAUUGAAAAAGUUAUUAAAGUUGAAAGAAGAUGUUGGAGAGUUAUCAUUAAGAGAUACAAAGAGAUUUGUUAAAUUAGUCAAGAAAGCAGAAUCUGAAAUUCUGAAAAAAGCUGAUGUUGUUUGUUGUACUUGUGUCGGUGCUGGCGAUAAGAGAUUAGAUACUAAGUUUAGUACCGUUUUGAUUGAUGAAAGUACGCAGGCUUCUGAACCUGAAUGUUUAAUUCCAAUAGUGAAAGGGGCAAAACAAAUUAUCUUAGUUGGUGAUCAUCAACAAUUAGGUCCUGUUAUAUUGGAACGUAAAGCUGGUGAUGCGGGGUUAAACCAGUCAUUAUUUGAAAGAUUCAUCUCAUUAGGCCACGUUCCUAUUCGCUUAGAAGUUCAAUACCGUAUGAAUCCUCAUUUAAGUGAAUUACCAAGUAAUAUGUUUUACGAAGGUAGUUUACAAAAUGGUGUAACCAUAGAACAACGUACCGUAAAAAAUAGCUCAUUUCCAUGGCCUAUCCAUGACGUCCCAAUGAUGUUUUGGGCUAAUUAUGGUAGAGAAGAAAUAUCUGCUAAAGGUACUUCGUAUCUAAACAGAAUAGAAGCAAUGAACUGUGAAAAAGUAAUAACAAGACUAUUUAAAGACGGUGUUAAACCUGAACAGAUUGGUGUUAUAACCCCUUAUGAAGGUCAAAGAGCUUUUAUUUUACAGUACAUGCAAAUGAAUGGUUCAUUGGAUAAAGAACUGUAUAUUAAUGUGGAAGUCGCAUCCGUUGAUGCAUUUCAAGGUCGUGAGAAGGAUUAUACAAUUCUAUCAUGUGUUCGUGCAAAUGAUCAACAGGUGAUUGGUUUCCUAAGUGAUCCACGUCGUCUAAAUGUGGGUCUAACUCGUGCAAAAUAUGGAUUAGUGAUAUUAGGUAACCCUAGUGCACUGUCAAGAAAUAUUAUCUGGAAUAAUCUUCUAUUACAUUUUAGAGAGAAAGGUUGCUUAGUUGAAGGUUCUUUGAAUAAUUUACAAUUAUGCACGGUACAACUAACGCGAAAUCACCCGAAAAGAAAUCAAAAAGAUAGAUAUGCAUUCAAUUUGGGCGCAGGAGCCAGUGAAUUUCCCAGCUAUCAGGAUUUUGAUACUCAAAGUUUAAUGUCUUUUGGUCAAGCCGAAACUUUUAACAAUGCUACCAAAGAAUUAUCCUCUUAUCUAAAUAAUCAACUUUGGAGUACUGAAAACCCCGCUGGCCGUCGCGAUAGAGCAAAUCCUGCAAAUGGAUCACAUAACAUGCAUUCGCAGCUACACGAUGGAGAAGAACUUCUAUCAGAUGAGCUUCGCAAAGGUUUGAACUCACUUCAUAUUUAA